AUGCUUUCCGCAAGGGAAGGAGGGAGUCUAUCUGACAGCGUGCCGUCACUUUCGUCUUCUUAUGAGGCUCUCACUGUUUCUUCUACGUUGCCAGUUCGACACGGCGGAAGUGGUGGUAAUAGCAGCAGCAUCAGUGGCAGAAGGAACCGCACUGAUGACGACAACGCCGCUUCGUCUUCACAAGGUCAGCGGCCAGGGCGUCCUGAGCACCGCACUGGUAGUGGACCUUCAGCAAAGUACAAAACGAGCCGCAGGCCACCUCCAGAGAUCAAAGUAAGGAAGCGUGUUCCUUGGGGGAUGCAGCAGCUGCGUGACUCAUGGAGUACCGAUGCUAUGACAAAGGGUGAUAGAGAAAACAUGAGUGAGCGAAUUCACCGAGAAUACCGCUACCACCCAGAGGAGUUUCGUCGUCACCACAUCAAGUUCGCAGCAUUCUUGACAAUCCCUGCUAUCAUGUUUGGUACCUCUUCCGGUUAUUACUACUACACGGGUAGGCCUAUAUGGGAAGGUGACCCGCAGUACAUACUGAACAUGAUUAGGCAGAUGGACACAUCGCCACGCAGUCGGUUGCAUGCAUACAAACUCGAGGGAACAGAGGAGCUCCCAGCGCACGUGAAGGCGUACCGAGAGAAGAACUGGAAGAAGCGCCUCGAGUUGGAGGGGUGUGACCCUGGCAAUGAGAAAAUAAAAGAGGAGGAAGGGGAGGAGGCACAUGUGAGUGCGGUUUGA